GGUUGAUAUAAAAGGUUGAAAUCUUUUUCUAUCAAAUGAUGGGCAAAAGAUUUUUAUUUAUUUUCUUAAAAAGAAAAAAGAAAGAUAAUUCCAAUCAUUCAACAUUGUACUACUACUACGUAAUAUUGUUUUUUUUUUAAUUUUCCUGGACAGAAUGCAACAUCGUUCCCCUUUCGAACACGAACAGAACUCUCCACGUACACACACUACGCCAACCAAUAAUAAUAAUACUACUACUAAAAAGACAAUGGUGGUUCCUACGGUACUCCCAACGAUUCGGUUUCCUACCUGUAUAUUAAUUCGGUAUCAGUGGAUUACAUAAUUUAGCUUAGGCUAAAUAACAUUGUAAUAGUAUAGGCAAUAUACAGUUACCGUUUCGAAAAAAAAAAAAAUGAUUCGGUUUCCUAUACCUCCCAUGUCUCCAAUUGCCUCCAGAAACGUCGCCGUCAUCGGUGCCGGAGCCGCCGGUCUCAUCGCCGCACAUGAGCUCCGACAAGAGGGUCACAAGGUGGUUGUUUUCGAGAGGGAAACCCAAGUCGGGGGAACAUGGUUGUACAUGCCCGACACCGAAUCCGAUCCUAUCGGGAUUGACCCGGCCCGGAAUGUUGUCCAUUCCAGCCUCUACGCUUCUCUCCGCACCAACUUGCCCCGAGAAGUAAUGGGUUAUCGGGUCUUCCCGUUUGUGGCUAAGAAGGGUGCUGACCGGGAUCAGAGGAGGUUCCCCUGUCACAGUGAAGUGUUGGAAUACUUGAAGGAUUUUGCUCGCGAUUUCGGUAUUUAUGAGCUGGUGAGAUUUGGGAUCGAGGUAAACAAAGUGGAAUUGACGGAGGAGGGUAGAUGGAAUGUGAAAUCAAGGAGAAUUGAGGGAAAAGAUCAAGAAAAGUUGGACGAGGUUUAUGAUGCUGUUGUUGUUUGUAAUGGACAUUACACGGAGCCUCGACUCGCUGAAAUUCCCGGAAUUGAAAGCUGGCCUGGGAGACAAAUUCACAGCCACAAUUAUCGUCACCCUGAGCGGUUCCAAGAUCAAGUAGUGGUGUUGAUAGGAAGUGCAAAUAGCGCAGCUGAUAUCUCUAGGGAGCUUUCUGGAGUUGCUAAAGAAGUCCAUAUAUCAUCACGGUCUAUGGAAGAUGGUAAUGAAGGCAAGCUGGCUGGCUAUGAUAAUAUUUGGCUUCAUCCAAUGAUAAAAAGAGUCCAUGGAGAUGGUUCGGUGGCUUUCCUAGAUGGGAAAGUAGUCUCUGCUGAUAUCAUACUACAUUGUACAGGAUACAAGUAUCACUUUCCAUUUCUUGAGACAAAUGGGAUUGUCACUGUGGACGACAAUCGAGUUGGCCCACUUUACAAGCACAUUUUCCCACCAGCCUUGGCUCCACGGCUUUCAUUUGUUGGCUUGCCAUGGAAGGUUGUUCCCUUUCCCCUUUUUGAGCUUCAGAGCAAAUGGAUAGCUGGACUCUUAUCUGGUCGACUGUUGCUUCCUUGCCCUAAGGAAAUGAUGGCUGAGGUCGAAGAUUUCUAUGCAUCAUUGGAAGCAUAUGGUCUGCCAAAGCGAUAUACACAUAACCUAGCUGAUUAUCAGGUAUAUCUUACUUACACUAACUUGCAUAUUUCACAGGUUGAAACUUUUGAUCGUAAAACUGUGGCAUGGUUUUGUGUGUUCGUCUAAUGCAACAGUUUGAAUACGAUGAUUGGUUGGCGUCCAAGUGUGGCUGUCCACCGAUUGAGGAAUGGAGAAAGCAGAUGUAUGCCGAUACUUCCAAAAGAAAGAGGUCUCACCCCGAGACAUACAGAGACCAAUGGCAAGAUGAACACCUACGAUUACAGGCAGAAGAUGAUUUCCUGAAGUACUUGGCGAAAGUGCCUCAAUGACUUGAUGCUCCGAUUCCCCCAUUUUGAUUAAAUUUAAUUUAGUUUAUCUAAUCUUUAGAGAUGUAAACAUGUAGUGUAGUGAACCUAUUUCUAAAAGAUCGUGACAUUAAUUUCCAACAAUCUGAGCUGGGUUACAAUACCUUGGUUCUUUACAUGGUGAAUGUAAAAAUAAGUAACUCAUUUUAGCACAGAUUUGAAAUGCGAAUGCCAGUGUCGACGCCAAAUUUCCAUACCAGCGAAGCUUUCAA